AUGGCUGAUACCGGAGCGGGAAUCGCGUCUGCCCAUGCGGAUGAAUCGAUGUCAAUGGGGUCAAUGACUAGCUGCGAGAGCCUCCUCGACGCCGACCUGGGCGGGGCUUCGCGGCAGCCGUUGGGGGGGGGUGGGGGAGCGGCGCCCGAGCGCGUGGCGAUCGUGGGCAGCGGCAACUGGGGAUCUGCCAUCGCCCGCAUCGUCGGCCGGAAUGUGAUUGAGCAGGAGGGUUUCGAGCACCAGAUCCGCCAGUGGGUCUUCCCCGAGAAGGUUUCCCACAACGGCGUGGAGGCGUGCCUGACCGAGGUGAUCAACAAGGAGCACGAGAACGUCAAGUACCUGCCCGGCGUCAAGCUUCCCGAGAACCUGGUCGCGGAGGGCGAUCUCGCCCUCGCCGUCAAGGACGCCACGAUCCUCAUCUUCGUGCUGCCCCACCAGUUCCUGGGACGGGUUCUACCGACGGUGGCCGAGGCGCUUGGACUAACCAAGAGCGGGGGCACCGCAGGUGUAGCACCGGGCGGCCGCAGGAUCCGAGCGGUCUCGCUCAUCAAGGGGGUGGACAAGGGGCCCGACGGGCUCAAGCUUAUCUCGGAUCACAUCCGCGAGGGCCUUUGCGGCGCCGUGCCCCUGGGCCUUGCCGACGAGGACUACGCGUCUUGCAGAGCGGCGGGACUUUCGGUAACGGCUGACGCCGACACCGACACCCUGAGGCUCCUCUUCAACCGCCCUACGUUCCGCGUUACGGUGGUGCGAAACGCUUCAGCCACGGUCGAGCUGUGCGGCGCGCUGAAGAACGUCGUGGCGCUAGGGGCGGCCUUUUGCGACGGCCUGGGGUACGGGGGAAACACCAAGGCGGCUAUCGUCCGCACAGGCCUCGCCGAGAUGCAGGUCUUCGCACAGAGAUUACGCUGCGACGCGAGCGCCUUCGACGCGACGGCCUCUUCGAGGGCGUUCCUAGAGAGCUGCGGGAUAGGGGACUUGAUGACGACCUGUUAUGGCGCCAGCCGCAACAGAAAAUGCGCGGAGAUGUUCGCCCGCGAAAGCGGUAAGCGCUCUUGGGAGCAGCUGGAGGCGGAGGAAUUGGGGGGCAUGAAGCUGCAGGGGCCCAGCACAGCGGUCGAAGCGUUCGGCGUGAUCAAGAAGAAGAAGUGCGCCCGGAAGUUCCCGCUCCUGACAACCAUCUACCGGCCCUCUCUCUCUCCCGGGGGGGAGGGGGCGGGGCGAGCUUCUGUCGGGGCCGGGGGGAUCUUAGAACCACGAGGAUUCGGUCUGUCUGACGGUUGGUCGUGGACAGGAACACGCUGGUCAUAUGACUGAUUUCAUCGAGAGAAAAUCAACCGCGGACGACUCUUCGAAUGAAUGUGGGGAUUUGGGUGAAGAGUUGAGAGGGAACACGCCAAGAGAGAGAGAAAGAGAGAGCUCGACAUCUG